CUCCCAGCCUGAAUGUUCUCACUGUAAGAAUUAGGGUUAACAAAACGUCAAGGACUCAUUCAUCCGCAACUUUAUCGCAGAGCUGAUGGUAUAGUCACUUCCUGUACCAGCGGUAAUGAAUCACAAGACAGAACGAGGCAUUCUGGUCGAAAAGGACAAGGAAAGUAUGGGCUAAUAUGGGACGGUCGGACGUUAUUCGAUGCAAUUGGCAAUUCAAUGGCCUCCAAUAAACCACCACCAUAUUACAUUCUCUUUUCGAAUUCUUCACUAUCCCCAGCUCCUUCAACAACUUUAGGACAUCCCGCAAUUCAGUAUCAUUAUGCAGACGACUCUCUUUUGUCAUUGCUCCCGCAAUACCCUCAAGAACAUGUCCUUCUGUUGGACUACGACCCUUCCUCGAGCGCACCGCCCGCAGUGAAGAGCAUCUCCAAGAACAUGUCCGUAACUGGUCUCAAAAUAGAGGACGCACCAGGCGUAGCAGCAGUGGACGAAAGUGGCACGAAGCGAGUCGAGAAAAUGUUCAUCAUCGAAACCACGAUGCUGGAAAGCAAGAAUGCAGACCACGAGGAGAAAUCUCCCCAUGCCAUUCUAGCAGAGUUCAAGCACAAAAAUGCUAUCUUACGACGCGGUCUUGCCUACCCGGAGACUCCAAAGGCAACCAACACGACCACCCUGCCUCCGACAAGAAAUUCAACGUUACGACCAGACGUUUGAGCUCGUGGAGUUUCUUGACUUGGACGCCUGGAUUUCUUGACUUGGACACUUAAAUAAUGUAUAUCAUGUACAUACUGCACUGCCCAAUCUAUUUCCGCUUCUUUCCCCGGGU